UUCCAAAAUGGCGGUGGAUCCUUGUUCUUUUUCCAGCCCAAACGAGUGCAUUUGUACCAAAAUAUCUUGGUUUGUGAACGUGGAUUUCGAGACACAUAUUCUUGAUUGUAAUGUGGACUUGCAGUUCAGCGUAAAGAAGGACGGAAUCACUAGAUUGACACUUGACACCAGUGAUUUAAACAUUAAGUCUGUGCAUAACCAGGCCACUAAAGAAAAACUGUCAUUUAAGUUGGGAGAGAAGCACAAAGCAUUUGGGACUCCCCUGCACAUCGACUUACCUGAUGGACUUAAAAGUGGUUCAACAGUUACCCUGAGUAUUAGUUACCAGACCUCAUCUACAGCCUCUGCCAUUCAGUGGCUUAAACCAGAGCAAACAUCAGGGAAAAAACAUCCAUAUCUCUUCACUCAGUGUCAGGCAAUCCAUGCACGCAGUAUCAUUCCUUGCCAGGAUAGCCCUGGUGUUAAAGCAAAGUAUGAGGCCGAGGUAUCAGUGCCCAAAGGAUUGGUUGCCUUAAUGAGUGCAGCAACGAAUGGUGAAGCCAGUGACUCUAACGAUGUCAAUAGAUCUGUCUUCAAGUUUAAACAAGAGGUUGCUAUCCCAAGUUAUUUGAUAGCCAUGGUCGUGGGUGCCUUGGAGAGCAGACAAGUUGGUCCAAGGUCACGUGUGUGGUCAGAAAAAGAGAUGGUUGAAGAAUGUGCUUUGGAAUUUGCUGAGGUUGAGACCAUGAUCAGCACGGCAGAAUCUUUAGUAGGUGAAUAUGUUUGGGGUCAGUACGAUCUUCUUAUCCUUCCACCUUCUUUUCCAUAUGGAGGAAUGGAAAACCCGUGCUUGACUUUUGUCACACCGACUCUUCUGGCCGGGGAUCGCUCACUAACAGGGGUGGUUGCUCAUGAAAUAUCCCACAGCUGGACUGGUAACCUGGUUACCAACCGAACCUGGGAGCAUUUCUGGUUGAAUGAAGGAUUUACAGUGUUUCUUGAAAGAAAAAUUAUCGGACGAAUGCAUGGCGAACAAAUGAGACAAUUUGGAUUCAUAGGUGGCUGGAAAACUCUAAAUGAUUCUGUUACUAAGUUUGGUGAAGACAGUCCUCUGACACAGCUUGUUGUCAGCCUCAAGGACUCGGACCCCGAUGAUGCGUUCUCCAGUGUACCUUACGAAAAAGGGUCGUGUUUCUUGUUUUAUCUGGAGCAACUUGUUGGUGGACCAGAGGUGUUCGAACCAUUCUUUCGUAAAUACAUCGAAGAACACAAGUACAAGACGGCAACUACAGAUGAAUGGAAGGCUUUCCUGAUGGACUACUUUAAGGACAAGGCCGAUGUCCUGGAAUCUGUAGACUGGGAUGCUUGGCUUUAUAAACCAGGAAUGCCACCAGUAAACAUGAUUGAAAGGUAUGACUCUACGUUAGCGGAUGCUUGUACGAAGUUAUGUCAGCGAUGGAUUAAGGCCUCCCCAGAAGAUCUUGCUACAUUCUCAUCCAAAGAUAUAGAGGGAUUUUCUUCUGCACAAAUCAUUGAGUUCCUGGCCCAGCUGUUGUAUCAUACGGCUGGUAAUCCCCUGCCUUUGUCUCAUAUCGAAGCAAUGGAAAAUGCAUACAACUUCAGCAGCAAGAAAAAUUCUGAGAUCAGGUUUAGAUGGCUCCGUUUAUCCAUCCGUAGCAACUGCAAAGACUCCUUUCAACACACUGUCAACUUUCUGUUGGAGCAAGGAAGAAUGAAGUUUACACGUCCCCUGUAUGAGGAGCUUUUCAAGUGCAAGGAUGCCAAAGAGCUAGCCAUCGAGACUUUCACAGCCAAUCAAUCGUUCUACCAUCCAAUUUGUUCCUCUAUGGUGGCGAAAGAUCUGAAACUACAUUAGGAUCAUCUCAUCCACAGUGUAUGCCUGCAACAAAAUGAUGAUUUGUCAAAGAAAUGAAAAUAUAUUAGAAUCAUCCAACCACAUGUAUCCUCUUGGUCAUCCAAUCACAUUGCUUGAACCAUAUGUUAGUGUCAUCCAAUCAUAUUGCUUGAACCAUAUGUUAGUGUCAUCCAAUCAUAUUGCUUGAACCAUAUGUUAGUGUCAUCCAAUCACAUUGCUUGAACCAUAUGUUAAUG